AUUUUUGGUCACACCACUUCUACAGUUCGUGCAACGAGUGUACGAAAAUAAGCAAAACAGGAAUUUAUUUUCCCAACAAAUCGAUAAUUGCAAACGCAGUGCCGUUUCAAUUGCAAAAGAAGCAGCAACAAAAAUGUUGGUCAACGAAGCGAGGCAGAUCCUGAGCCGUGUCGGCUCCCUGACAGCACGUCAGCAGCUGCGGACUAUUACCAAUGGCACCGCCCAACUGGAGCAACAGGCGCAGCCCAAGGAGGCCAAGGAACCCCAAAUCAAGAAGUUCGAAAUCUACCGCUGGAACCCGGACAAUGCCGGCGAGAAACCCUACAUGCAGACCUACGAUGUGGAUCUGCGCGAGUGCGGCCCAAUGGUGCUGGAUGCCCUCAUCAAGAUCAAGAACGAGAUGGACCCCACUCUGACCUUCCGUCGCUCUUGCCGCGAGGGCAUCUGUGGCUCCUGCGCCAUGAACAUUGGUGGAACCAACACGCUGGCCUGCAUCAGUAAGAUAGACACCAACACCUCCAAGUCGCUGAAGGUGUACCCCUUGCCGCACAUGUAUGUGGUUCGUGACCUGGUGCCUGACAUGAACAACUUCUAUGAGCAGUACCGCAACAUCCAACCCUGGCUACAACGCAAAAACGAAGCCGUCGAGGAGAAGGGCAAGGCCCAGUACUUACAAUCCGUGGAGGACCGAUCCAAGCUCGACGGUCUUUACGAGUGCAUCCUCUGUGCUUGCUGCUCCACCUCGUGCCCCUCGUACUGGUGGAAUGCCGAGAAAUACUUGGGACCUGCUGUCCUCAUGCAGGCCUACCGGUGGAUCAUCGACUCGCGAGACGAGAACUCCGCCGAGCGAUUGAGCAAGCUGAAGGAUCCUUUCAGUGUGUACCGUUGUCAUACCAUUAUGAAUUGCACGCGCACCUGCCCGAAAGGCCUCAAUCCGGGUCGCGCCAUCGCCGAAAUUAAGAAGCUGCUCUCGGGAUUGGCCUCAAAGCCGGAGCCCAAGCUGGAGACGGCGGCGCUGCACAAGUAAUCUGACCGAAUCCCCUUUUUGUUCUUAACCAGUUCGCUUCGCGUUCGCAAAGCUGUAUAGACAGGACCUACGACCUAUCUGCUGAUUAUGUUUUAAUUUAUUUAAGCUUAAAGUAAACGGCAUUGUUAUUGCAGUUAGUAAAGGGCGCGGAAAUAAAAACGUAUUGUGUAUCCACUA